ACAAUGAACCAUUUUGUUUUUAUUUUGGAAGAGAUCAUGUUGAAAUAACUAAUGAAUAUAAGUAUUUAGGAUUUUGCAUCAAAUGGAAGUUGAAGACAAGCAAGUGCUAACGUUAACUUUGAUGAUAAAGCUAGAAAAGCUUAUUAUUCAAUGAAAUCUAAAAUACCUUUUACAAUUGAUCUUUCUGUCCAAGUAUGACUUAAAAUGUAUCAGGCUCUCAUAUUACCUAUUGUUAUAAAUUCAUCUGAAAUCUGGAUUACUGAUUUUAAGAUUGACAUAGAUAGCCAAUCAAAAUUGCCUUUUGAGAAAGUACAAAAUACUAUUUUGAAAGACAUACAUAUACAUGUAGGUGUUCAUAAGAAAGCUUCUAAUGUUGCAGUACUUUUGGAAUUAGGUCUAUAUCCUAUACACAUUAAGAUAUAUGAAUCAAUGUUUAAAUAUUACUGUAGGUUAAAAAAUAUGGAAUUUGCAUCCCAAAAUAAUAACCCAUUGUUAAUUGAUGCUUUUAAAGAGGAUGAAAAAUUAUCUCAUAUAAAAACUAGUCCAAGCAUGACUAAAUCACUGAGUAUUAUUACAGAGAUGAUUGGACUUUCCUCUUUAGCGAUUUCCUAUGAAACAUUUAGCAAUAAAUUAAGAAACUAUUAUGAAAAUAAGAUAUCUCAUCAAUUUGAUAACAUAAAACAAACAAAUUGUGGAAAACUUGUAAUUUAUAGCCAAGUAAACAAUUAUACUUUUAUAUUGCAAGAAUAUUUGAAAUUUACAUUACGAUUUUUUUUUUUUAAACCACCGACAGAGAAAUUUUAUUAUUAUGUAGGAUAUUUCAUGUAGUAUCUAACUGUAGGAAGAUUGACUAUACAUGCUAAAGGGAGCUGAUAAAAACUUGAAUGGAGUUGACAACUGUAAAAGUAGGUAAAGUCGUUGGUAGGGAAAGGAGGGGGGGUGAGUUAGCAAUGGGGCGAGUUAUCCCAUUUCUCUAUACCGCACUUCAAAAUGGUGUUCUUAUUCAUCCGAGCAUUGGUGGACUUACUCCUUAAGCAAGAAAAAUAUCUAAUUCAGAGUUAUCGCAACCAUUUGUCUCUAGACGCAGUUGCCAUAGAGAAGGACACAAGGAAUAUUAACCGCUGUAACAGUUUCCAUCGGGUUCGAAAUUCUCCUCUCCUUGUCAGUGCGAUGACGGACGCGGACGAUAAAGAAUUUUGCCUUGCCGACUAUGAUGCAGUUGGAUUUGAUUUGGACCAUACGUUGGCGAAGUAUAAACUGGUAGACUUAAUGAAUCUUGCUUAUGACUCUUUGUGUGAAAGUCUCAUCAAAAAGGGAUAUAAUCCAAAGAUUAAGGAUAAACUCAGUGUUCACAAGGACUUCAUCUGCAAAGGUUUAUUUCUUGACUCUGAAAAGGGCAACAUCCUUAAAUUAUCACAUGAUGGAAAAAUCCUCAGAUGUAGCCAUGGAACCCGAAUGUUGAAAAGAGAGGAAUUAAUAUCUGUGUAUGGUCAAGACUUACACUGGGAGCACUUCGACGAAGCUGUAGGGCAUGUCAAAAGUCAUGGCAAGAACCAUACAUACCGAUUCUUCGAGAAUUAUUUUGACAUCCCAGCCCUUGUAUGCUGUGCACAUAUUGUUGACAUACUAGAUAAUGAGAAUGGUGGACCAUGUGAAAAAUAUAACUUCUGGAAAGAUGUUUAUGAGGCUUUUGGAGAAAUCUACAUUCCAUCUCAAUUUACAAAAAACGCAGGAGGGUUUUUUCCUGGUGUGAGGGAAAAUCCAAGAAAAUAUCUCCAACCAAGCAGCAAUGGCGUCAAAGAGUGGCUAAAAGAGUUAAAGGGAGAUAAUCGCGUUAUCUUUCUGAUGACAUCAUCAGCCAUUGACUUCGCCGGAAUGGUCAUUGAAACAGUGCUGGGAUCAGAUUGGAGGAAUUUCUUUGAUAUUUACCUGACUGAUGCCAGAAAACCAGGGUUCUUCACAGAGAGCAACAAAUUUAUGUUGAUAGAGGACGGUGAAAAAAAGGGCGAGGUUAAUGAGCUGCAACCCUUCAAAACAUACGCGAAUGGAAAUUAUGGAGACUUGAUGAAAUUCUUGUCUAAACAAACUGGAAAGCCUAAUCCAAAUGUUCUCUAUUUUGGGGACAGUUUAUGUUCAGACAGUUUUCCAGCGAAGGUAUUUGGUAACUGGGAUGUUGCGUUGGUGCUGGAGGAAAUGGAGGCCGAGGGCUACCGUCCAGAUUUAACGGACGUCCUGGAACCAAAACGCAAAGUUCCUAAGCAUGAGGUUAACUUAUACAUAGACCCAGAGGAGGAGCAGUAUGUUCUGUCCGACUGCUGGGGGUCAUUUUUCUACCAUGAGGAGGAAGAUCCAAAGCACGACAAGCACAUGAACACAUACUGGGGUCGAAUCAUCAGCCAGUACAAUGCUAUAGCUGUCCCGACAGUGGAGUACAUAGCUGGAAUGCCAAUUGACUACAAAUACAAGAGGUUCAAAAGAUCUGAUGUGGGUAAUACAGAUGGUUUCUAUCCAGGAAAACCCAAACCACUGCUGACUUGAGGACGGUUCUAGCUUAGCUUUAAUGUCAAGAAAAUCGUCAUUUUUGUGUAGGAUUUAGAAUUGUAAAGGAGCCUUGAUGAUAUAUCAACAACAAAAAAUUAUGUAUUUAUGAUCUCAGAGGUUGAGGUAUGAUGUCUCCUUGCAAUACUUGUGAUAGUAGUAUUUAUUGAUUUGUAUGUAUAAAUUAAUUGAACAGUCGCUAAGUCGACUCAGCAAUUGGUAACCUUCUUAGUAUUUGAGUCGCCAGAUCUUCUGUGUAAUCAUAUUACAAUUUUUCUACAAUUGAACAUUCCAGUAGGCACCAUCGAUUUGCCUUUUCCCACUAUUCCUUUUACUUAGGAAUGUAACAACAACACUCUGAAUUCAUUUUCACAUUUAUUUAACUCUAUUACACCAAGUAUUACAAUCAACUUGCAAGCACUACAAUCACUAAAGAGUUUAGGACAAUGGAGAUAAUUGGCCGCAUUAUCCACCAAAUCUUGUCCAAGGUCUGGGGUUACAACCGAAAUACCAACACCCAAGGUGCAUAACGGGCAUGACGGAGACCUUGUGUUGAACACAAAUGCCAGGAAAGUCCCAAUGCUUGAUAAACCAACAUGUGGACGGGAAUGGCCCGGGACAUAUCUGUUUACCCUGUUUCUGAGAGAUUGCUCCCUGGUUAAAUAGUACUUACUGACACCGAGUACUCCAGACUGUGAGCCUUCCCUCCUUUUAAAAGAGGUGAAGGGGGCACCAAGUAUGGCUUAAACUUGUAGAACCCCAACCAUACACUACAUGAGGGGUGACACUUUCCCCACUAAACAACACAUGCCCCCUGUCUUGGUUGACAGAUGGGAGAAACACAGGCCAGAAAUGUCCCGAAACCCCCCUUUAAGUCCCCCCAGACCCGAUGACAGGAAAGGACAAUGCGACGGAUUAAGCUAUGAAUGUUUGAUCUUAACAGUUUGAUUAAAGUCAAUCUGUUUGAUUAAAUUCAAUCUGUUUGACACUGCAGUGAUGGCUCUAUUAUAGAGUUUUUGGACUAUAAUUAUUGGGAGAGGUUAUGGUUCAUGGACUUCAAUGCACAAAAGUUGAGAUUUGAUGCCUCAGGUGGUCUUGCUGCUCCAGGAAUUUCAUCUUGAUGUCAGCAAUUGUAUAGGUCCUCUGAUGAAUCUGAAAAAAGAGAAAACUAGACGCAGAUUACUGUUGCAUUGUUGAUGUACAUGAAAUGAUUAUCAUCAUCAUUAAUAUGAAAAAGAGGGCUGGGUGGGUGGGUUUUCAGAUUCACUUUGGAAGACAAUGUCUCUCUCUUGGCGGGAAAAUUUUAAGAGGAAGUAGAGGAAUUUGUCAAUUUGUACCACUAUCUACUUCCUGUGAAAGAGCUUAGACAAGUUGUACUUGUCAUUCCCUAAUUUUCUUAGGGGUGCUCCGUCAAUUAAGUGUGAUUAUUUGUAUAUUCAUAAAAUAAUCUAUAUUAUUGCAGUGCAAUUAUAUCCAUUUACAGUUGUACAUGUGGUCAUAGAAUGUGGGACAAUUUUACAUAUCUUCGUAAAAACUUGAUUAUAUUAUGGUAUGGCAGUGACAUCUGUCUGGCCAUGCAUUUUCUGUGUAAUCACACUACAUUUGAGUGAUUUUAUAGCGGUGUUUGGAAGUGUAUGACUGGUAGUUGUGAAUAUGGGUUUUUUAAACUUGGGUUCUGACAUCUAGGCAACAGCAGCCAUUGGCAGUCCUGAAUUUUUAAUAUUCUUUGAUUUCUCUUGAAAUGUAGUAAUUUCCAUGUUGAAAAUUGGUGCUUUUCACAGCAGAUUCCUUUUGAAUAUGGAGUUAGCCCCCUUGAAGAUAGUCAGGUACCUGUAAAUUACACACACAUACAGAUGAUUCUGAAGAAAUCUGUCAUUGACUGGUUUAAAAUAAAGUACAGCCAUUUUUCUCACAUUUUCGGAGCUUGACUUGCAUUCACAUGUCAUACAAAAUCGAAAGUUUUGUCUAAAAUAUAUACUACCAGGCAUAGUGCCCCACUUUCCACAUGCAUUUUGAAUUAAAAGCACAUUAAAUGAAAAUGUUAUUUUAAUGUCAAAACACACUAGACAAUGGUUUACCAUGUUUCAAUUUUAAAAUGACAAUGACUUGGACAAAGUAUUGUCACAAACUUGCAUGAUUAUGAAUUGAUCAUCUUUAAUUUACUUUCAUUUUACAUAAAUGCUUUAAAAUUUCCCUUUGAGCCCAUAAUUGUGGAUACAAGUGCUAAGUGUAUUGUGAGGUAUCCGAUGGAGGUAGUUCUACUCAUUUCUAGUUUAGUCCCUAUCAUAAUCUGUGAGUGAGUAGAAUUAUAUCUAUUGAAUCUCCAGGGAACUCUGCUGGGUCAGGUAUCUGUUGUCUAAUGCUUGGUGAAUUCACCGAUUAUACUUUGGUUUGAUUGAUAGAUUUUUAAAUGUUAUUGGUGAACAUGUGCUCGAUUGAAAUUUUGAAUUGACUGAUUAUUUAUUAUGGACACAUUGUGUGUAAUUAUGAAUGGUAAUUUUAAUGUAUGAUUAUCCUGACCUCUAAUAUGAGCUGUAUACAUCUUUAGCUCACCUGAACCAAAUGUUAAAGUUUACUGUAACUGAUCAACAUUUGCCAUAGUUAUUGCAUGUAUCCUUUAACUUUUCACAUAUUUGACUUCUUCUCCAGAAGGACUGUGCCAAAUUCAACUAAACUUGGCACAUAGAGCAUCCUUAGGUAAAGGGGAUUCAAGUUCGAUCAAAUGAAGGAUUAUACAGCCUCCCAUGGGGAAAUGAUCAAGAGAUAGUGAAAUCAUGAGUAGGGAAAGUUUAAGUAAUUUCAAGAACCACUGAGCCAGAAAACUUGAACUUGCAUGAAAGCUUCAUUAUAGAAAUGAGAAAAAGUUUGUUCAAACCAUGAAGCCUGAGGACCAGGGUGGGGAGUAAUAUGGAUGAUAGGGAAGAGUUCUACGCAGAAAUAUAUAGGAAAAUUAUUUUAAGAUCUUUCUCUCUAGAACCACAAGGAAAGAUUUUGUUAUGUUUAAAUUCAAGUUUGCUCAUACCUUGGUCUCCAAGACCAGUUUUGGCCCAAACUAAAGGUUUGUAUAAUGAGGGUUUUAACAAAAUUUUAUAUAGAAAGGUAUAACUGCACAGGUGAGCUAUGUAUGGCUCACAGAUUUCCAAGGGUAUGUUCUUAUACCAAAGAGCUGGUACUUUUAUUUGUUUUAAUGUAAAAGGCAAUACAAUCAAUGUAUCUUGUUUUAUUUAUAGUAUUUUAGUUCACCAGAGCUGAAGGCUAACGCAAGCUUUUCUGGUCAAAAUGCGCCUGUUGUCCAUCACCAUUUUUUUGUUGUAAUGUUUUCACAUUUUCAGCUUCUUGAGUCAGCAUUUUUCAACCAAACUUUUACAAAGCAUCCCUGAAUGAAGCAAAUUGAAGUUUGUUCAUAUGGAGUGUUGUGUUUCCUUUCAAGGGAGUGUAAUUAAAAAAUUGGGUGGGUUGUUUAAAUAAUCUUCUCAAAAACUACAGUAGAACAUGGUUAUAGUGAACAUGCCUUCAAUGGAUUAACGGUCCAGCCUAGUGAUUUUUAUUCCUUGUAGUUUUUAAUUGUAUUAUGAACUUACUGGAUAUAACGAAUUGCGUUUAUAACAAAUUGUUGAUCCCCAGCACUUCUAUCAAAUUGUUGAUAUGCAAGUGCAUGUGUAAUGACGUUUUUAAAAUGAAUUCAAGUUAGUUCAAACAUCUCCCCCAAGGUCUCAGUAUUUUACAUACAUGCAGAAAGGGAAACAAAAUGUCUAAAUUUGUUUCAAGAAUUACAAGGAAACCUGAAUAACUGCAAAUUGAAUACACAAGUCACAUUUGUUUCUAUAGAAUGUUCAUUAAAUGUCACUUCAGCUGUGUCAGUGAUUAAAAUAAACCUUAAAAAAAACAUACCCAGUAAGUUUUCAGUUUUAUUUAUCAGCAAUUUUAACAUGUAGGUGUUUCAAACAAUAGAAGUAUGAAAUAUAGUUAUGUGAUACUAAAAGUAAAGAUUUAUGAAUAUUCAUUGGUAAGUAAUGAUGUCAUGAAUUUGGCUAAAUCAACCCUUGGAUGUGUUGUUUUUUGCCGGUCUCGCAAACUUUAACAGAAGGUUUGACUAGAUGAUUCCCUUUGAUUACUGGUAACUCUUGCGUACGCGAGACACAAAAUAUAUUUUCGUACACAUGCUGUUGGUACAAAUUCUUCUCGGUGUGUUCGUAUUGUUCAAAGAAUGAUUACAAGCUGUCGUGCAACAACCCGAGCUGUGUGGGGUACACAAAUUUACUAGUAAGUUUAUGAAACAGCUCAAACAAAUAUAGAAAAUUAUCAUAUUUCUUUGAUAAAAUCACUGGUCGUGUCAAAGAGGAAAUAAAUAUGUCAUAUUUAAUGGCCUAUUUCAAACGUGGUCAGCUUAAUACACAUGUAUGUACCAACAACUGAAUUAUACCAGUGAACAAAAUGUAUGCUUUCAUAACUAUUACUUCUGUCAUUAUCUACAUUACCAGUCUAUCAUAUACAUAAACAUCUUGCACUCGCUCAAGCGUUCAAUAGCAUACAAAAGUGCUGAUAUCUUGGAAAUUGCAUAUUGCUGGGCUCUCCUUAAUGCUGGGCCACUAUCUAAUUAAUGAUCAUCCAGUAAGGUUUGCAAGGUAGCUCAGGUGAGCAAUGUGGCCGAUAGGCCUCUUGUUAUAAUUAGAAUUUUUAUUUUAUGCUUAAGCAAUUACAAUGUUCAUUUUUUUCUUGUGAAAGCUUAUGAUAACAUUUGUUCUCUGCCCCCUUUUUUUUUGUAUUAUUUACAACUAACAAUUUUUGAGAAUAAAUCUCGAGUGGUUUC